UUCUUUUCAGUUUUUUAAGUAUUGAACUGAUUUUUUCUCCUGACAGCUAUACGAUUACGAAUCUGAAAAUAAUAUUCCUAAAAUAUUUUGACAUUUUCUAAAGCAGCCAUAAAAUCAAUUUGAAAUGGAUAUCAACUUUUAUUUACUCAAUCUUCUUUAUUCUACCCGAAUUUAAAAUGAAACACACUUUACUUCAUUAAUCUCUCGCCAUACUCACAAUGGAAAUUGGAAUCUUUAAAAUUUAAAACAACGUUGUACAUUCAUUACGUUUGCAAGAAAUAUACAUAUUCCUGCGCAACCAAACCUGUCAGAUUUUACUUAUCACUAUCUUGGCGUUUAUUUACAAAAUUUUUAUCAUUCAAUUUCUAAAUCCUUCAAUAUUAGCAAUAACGUUCACUAUAAUUUUAAAAUUCGCCCAAGUCUGUGUUCUAUAAAUCAAUAUUUCAUGAUUAUAUAACUUCCACAGCUUUUAUUUUCUUCAUUGCAGGAAUUAGGUAUGGAGUACGACUAUCUCAUCAAAUUUCUCACCUUAGGAGAUUCUGGAGUCGGUAAAACUAGUUUUUUAUAUCAAUAUACCGAUGGAAAAUUCACCACCAAGUUUAUAUCAACCGUGGGAAUAGAUUUUAAAGAAAAACGACUAAUUUACAAAAGCCAAGGAAGAAGCCACCGAAUACAUUUACAAAUUUGGGAUACAGCUGGUCAAGAAAGAUUUCGUAGUUUAACUACUAGCUUCUAUCGGGACGCUAUGGGGUUUAUUCUUCUGUUUGAUUUAACAAACGAAGAAUCAUUUCUGGAUGUUAGAAACUGGCUUUUUCAAUUGAAGGCGCAUGCAUAUUGCGAAGAUCCUGAUAUAGUAUUGUGUGGAAAUAAAGUGGAUUUGGAAGAAAAACGAGUCGUCAGCGAAGAAAAGGCCAAAGAAGUCGCAGAAUAUUAUGGAUUACCGUAUUUAGAAACAUCUGCAGCGACAGGUCAGAAUAUAAAUCGGGCUAUCGACAUGUUAUUAGACAUGGUUAUGGUGCGAAUGGAAGUAGAUACAGACAGGACGUUGAAAAUGAAUAAUAAAAAGCAAGUUCAACAUCUCGAAGAAGAAACUCAAAAUAAAUCGAGCAAAUGUCAUUGUUAAUUCUCUCACAAACUUCCAGUUUCUCUUCUGUGGUACUCUUUCGAAGGUUUAAUUUCGAUUAGCUAUCAUCUUUCUGUUCAAUUUUCAUCAGUUCAUAUCUUUUUAAUUAUUUUAUUUUUAUUUAAAACAUUUGUGGAACAAAUGGAAGACGCGAUAUUUGGCCUAUUCAGUUUGUUAUCCGUUGCUUAUUAUUGCUUUACCUGUACAGGUAAUAAAAAUAGUAAUUAAGCAUGCAUUGAAUUGUACCAUUUACCUGCAUAUUCGUUCAUUCACUUGGAAAUCGAUAGAAUUCUGGUCAUUGUGUCAUUUUGCAAUUUGCAUUGAAAUACUGCCUUCAUUCGUGUACUUUAUUUAUAUUUCUCAUUAUUUAUUUUCCGUCGUGCAUUUAAUGUUUUUUUCUUAAUACUGUAUUUUUUUCAAUUCCAAUUACAUGGCAGGGCACUAAUAUAUAAUAAGAGUAUGUUAUAGCUUUCGCUUAUUGUUUAUAAUUUUACAUGUUUAAAAAUUAGCAUUGAAUGGCAACUUUCAUUUUUUAAAUUGUAAUCGUAACUUGGGCUGGAAUUAUUUUCAUGAAAAGUUUUUCUUCAACAGAAAAUUUUACAAUAAAAAAGCUGUGAAAGUUUUAAAAAGCUCAUUUUUUUCUCUUGUUAAUAAAUGUUGUUUAAUAAUUCGCUAUAUCAUAUCUUUUGUGAAAUAAUGUUAUUUGUUGUUUUAGUUACCACCGUGUUAGAUAUCUUAAUAUUUUAAGACUUAGAAAUCAAAAGGUUCCUGAAAAGAAAGUACUAUUUACGAGUAAAAUAACCGUUGCUUUGGAUUUGUUGAUUGAAUUAUUUCUGCUAUUGAUGUUCUUUCUUUUUCUUCGUGUCUUCAAUCUACUCCUGCAAUUAUCGGAUGUUUUUAAUGUCUGAUGGACUUGUUACUACUAUUCUUGUCAAUAUUUUGUAUUGUUUAUUUGUUUUCGAUGUUUCUUUGUUAAUAAACUGUUUGAAUUUCUAGUUUUCUCGAAA